GAAUUUCAGGCUCUUUAUUCAGCUCAUAGUGGUGAGGAGGAGGAAUGAAAGUUCCCCCAAAAUUUCUGCUUUAUAUACAUUAUUUACACAAUGGGCUGCACGUGAUUGGCUAAUUCCGGGAUUCUCCUGUAGGCCAAUCAGGUUGUGGAUUCACUUACACCCAGAGCUGGACCAAUCAUACUGCUGCACUGUUCUAGGACCAAUCAGACUGCUGCAUUCUGAAUCCUAUUGUUCUAGGACCAAUCAGACUGCGGCAUUUUGGAUCCUAUUGUUCUAGGACCAAUCAGACUGCUGCAUUUUGGAUCCUAUUCAACUCAGUACAUAACACUACUGCUGUUCCUUUUCCCACCGAUGGAAAGGAAAUGUCUUCAAAGGAUCCUUCUCACAACAAACAAAUCCCUGUUGCAUAACAAUAAAAACACCCAGGUUACCUAAAGGUCUACCUUUGCCAAUAUUAAUUUUCCUUAGUCCGAAGAUAGGCUUUGGGCAGUCUUUAGCCUGUCUCCAGUGGAAAGAGAGGAUGUGGGUUUGACUCCCCUUUCCAACCAUUUACAGACAUAUCUGAAGUACUUGGGCACCAUGGAAAGGGUCUUCUGGGUGGUCGUGCCAUGGUCAUGGAACUUUCUCCCUGAAUAGAUCUGACAGGCUUCCUUACUUCCUGCUUUCAGGAAGUCGAUAAACACAUUUUUUAUCCAGCCAGGCACUUGAUGUAUGCCCCAUCCCCUGCUGUUUUAAAAGUUAUAUGCUGUUUUAGUGCUGCUCAAGUGUUUAUUCUUUGGAAGUUUUAUAAUUCUAAAUAUUUAGCAUUUCUGUACUACACUCUUUUUCAAAGAAAGUGAAUAGAAAUAAAUUAUAUGGUUAUGGAACUGUUUCCUUAAUCUUCUUAUUGGCCAACAUUGUCUUAAAGCAGAACACUGUAAAGAAAAAACAUGGUAAAGAACAUUGCAUCUGGUCCAGAAGAAGAUACACAUUUGGAACAUGGUUUUUCCAACCACAGGUUACCCAAAUGAAGAAUUUUUCCAAACUACAGUUCCUACGCAAAUGUCACUUAAUUCUACCUGAUCCACAAUUGCACAUCUUUUGUUUGUAUUUUCCUUGCUCUCAGUAACAGCUUUCCACCUUAAAUAUUUGAAAGUAGAAAGAUGGGCAAGAACAUUUUAUUAGCGGGGGUUGGGAUUCUUGCUGUGACUGAUGGCUGAACACGUUUAUUUCUGCUAUGUACAAAUGUGAUAGUUUAAAAUAGUACUUUAUUCAAUCGGAUGAUAUGACACACAGUCUAUGUAUAGUUAAUAGUUUUGACCUAGCAAGCUACACUGAUCUUACAAAAAUGCUCCACAGUUUCAUUACUCUCACCAAAGUGGCUAUGAAAAUCCAAACCAGUUUAACAUUUUCCCAGUGCUUCUCUUCACCUUCCCUUUCCAGACGGUUAAAGACAUAUCUGAAGAUUCAGUAGGAAAUUAUUUUCUUCUUGUGAGGUACAAAAAGUUGCUUGCUAUCCAAGGAACAGCUUUACAAGAGUCAGAGAGAAGGUAAAUGAUUUGUUACCCAAGAUUAUCAAUUGUAUUCUGUGCUGAAAUGUGAUUAGAUCUGAUUAUAACAGGUGGCCAUAAUCCAGUUUAAGGUUAGACAUGCUUAAGUCCCCUUACUCUAAUGGGAAUUAAGUGCAAUUAAUUGUGGCUGACAUGCCUUGCCUAAAACUCUUUCCUCCUGUACUCAGUUUACAGGAUUGAGAAUUUAACUGAUAGAUUCUGUGUAAUUUAAAAUUACCUAAAUUCGUUUAUUUAACUAGAUGUGUUCUAAGAUAUCCAGAAGGUGUCUGCUUCAAGUAUUUUGGAGGAAAACAAUAAUUUUGAUAUGGGGCUACACUAAAGAAAAACUUUUUGAAAUACUUUGAGCAUGAAAUACUUUAAACAUUUUUGCAUGGAAUUUCAACCAGGUGCUAGACAAACUAACUUCUCUAAUAUGAACUAAAAAUCGGAAGUUUUUAAAAGUUUACUAUUAAAAAUGCAAGUAAUUUGUUGUCUUCAAUGCUGUAUGAAAACUUAGUUCAAUGUGGGCCUCUUGUCCAUGCAAACAGUGUCUGGAAUUUUUAUUUAUAUAUUUAAAAUUAGCACUUCAAACAGCAGUAUAUGCUUUCCACCCUUCUUCUUGUCACAGAGCAUUCUCUCCGUCCAAAUACUACGUAAUAAAUAAGGCUAAUAUUCCUCUAACUAUAUAACGACUAUAUACUGAACAGGACCCCCCCGCCCCCGCCCCUUUCAUAACUAGAAGUACAAGAAUUUCCAUAUGCUUUCUCUUCAUUUUGGGAUGUCUGGGGAAGCUGAGCUGCAGAUGCUGCUAAUACUGCUACUUCAGUUACCAAUGGCAUUCAGACUGACAGCUCUUCGUGCCAAACCAACAACUGUACUUCAUAGCUCUGGAAUAAGACACUGGCAGCAGCAGCUACCCCCCCAUCUCCGCAGAGACAACAGCAGCCACCCGCCUUACUACCACUGCGGGACUAUCGGGCGUCUCUCCAGGGUCUUCCGCUAAAUUGCAGGGAGUGAAGUGGGGAACUAACCACUGGAGACACGUGUGUGUGUGUCCCAGCUUCGAGUCUUGGUCGAAAUCUCUUUGUUCCCUCCAGUCAACUUGCAGUGAUCGGAAUGGAACUGCUUACAAAAUCGCCUGCUGAGCAGAUCAUCACUCAAAAAGGGAGUGCUGGAGAAAGCAACAGCCGGAUGAUGAAGCACCAUUCUCAAGAGCCAUCAACAUCCUCAUCUGAGGAAUCAAAAUAUGUGGAGAUUUAUGAUUUCCCUGGAGGGAGGGGAGAGAGUCCCCAAGCUCUAAAACUGACUUUGGCAGGGAAUGGAAGUAAAGUGGCCUUUAUCAAACCUAAAAAUGGACCUUAUGGGAUCAGUGAGGUUAACAGAUUGGCUAACAAUAUGCUGGCAGACAAAUCUGCAAAUGAAGCACCCCAGGAUUAUAAAUCUAAAAUGGAAGGCACUCCUUCCCCUGUGGGGAUGAAGGCUGAUGAGGUGGGGGGAAGCAUCACUGGCACCAGCUCAGAAGGGUCUGAGAACACUUUGUCCCCUAGUAUCUCCAACAUUCAGCUUUACACAAAUGGCUGCCCAGAAUCAUCCUCAUCCUCUUGUCCUUCGCCAGUACAAGAGACAGGCAGCUUUCCAAAAAUGGAUGACAUGGGAACGGAGGGGAAAACCUCCUCUUCUUCAUUUGGAUAUGAAAGUGAUGAGGACGAUGAUGCAGACUGCAAAGAAAUCUGUCUGAGUAACCAGAGAGGAGGGUGCAGGCGUGCUUCACAACUGAUGCCCUCGCAGCAAAGCUACACCAGUGAGAACUGUAACAGUAAUGAUGAAGCACAUUAUAUUACAACCCAUGAAAUCCAGCUUAGCGAAGUGGACCAUGACAUGGACUUUGAUUAUGGGUUAGCCUCUCGGUGGGAUUUCGAGGACAACAAUGUGAUUUAUUCCUUUGUGGAUUACGCUUCCUUUGGGAGUGACGAGACUCUUGCGGAUACCCAGACAGAAGAGGACAAUAGCUGUUAUCUCAGCACGACCACCAGUGAUCCCAAUAAUCAGACAGACAGUAUCGAUAAUACUAGCAGUACAGAGAUAGUCAGCAUUAAUUCUGAAAAUGAUACCCCUAGCACAGACAAAUGCGCCAGCUCGGAAGAAAGUCAGUCCAAGAACCUCAGCAACAUGAGUGAGAAUUCUGCAGGCCAGAUACUCCUAUCAAUCAAACCAACUUCCAGGGCUAUAAAUGAGCCUAGCAACCAGCACGAAAAGCAAAACAUUAUUUAUGCUGCCAAGCAUGAAGGCGACAUGAGCCUCUGUGUCUCCACAGCUCAUGAACGAAAUUCAAGUUUGAAACAAGAUGUGUUUCAUGACUAUGCAAAAAAAUUUAUUGCAGUUCCUGCACGUUUGCAAACAAGGUGUGGAGCCAUAAGAGCAAGAGAAUUGGGAGGAUAUUCAAGCGGUGCCUCAAGCGUGGUGAGUGAGUUGGAUGAUGCAGAUAAAGAAGUAAGAAGCCUGACGGCAAGGGCAUUCCGCAGCUUAGCUUAUCCCUACUUUGAUACCUUGAACCUGAGCUCCAGUGAAUCCUCCACAUCUCUUUCGGAUCACACACUAGGAAUCAACCGGUGGUCAACUUACUUGGAUUUAAAGUGUGGCAGCCUUGGGCAGAAAGCAGAGCAAAAUCUUUUCAAAAGCAGCACCGCAUCUGCAGGAUGGAACAGAAGCACUGGGACAAAGACAUCCAGUGACCAGUUCUACAUUCACUCCAAUAAGUCACAGACGAAAGCAUUAGAGUUUGUUGUCAGCAAGCUUGAUGGGGAAAUAACGCAUGUUGAGACACCACCUUGCUUUGAAAAACGGAUCCAGUCAGGCUCUCGGGUUGUUACUUUGUUGGAGACUCUGAAUUUUAGCAGCAAUAUAAAAGCGGGUGUCCCCAGACCUGCUAAACCUUCUGAAAAUGCUGCUGCUGGAUCAAGUUGCACAGAUGAAGUUACAGAAACACUGCCAAAGGAGCUGGGCAAUGAAACUUGCAAACAAACUGGGCUGGCUGCAGAAACCAUGGAAGGCACACAGAAUAAAUCAAAGUUUGCAUCUAGUCUCCUCAAAAAUGUUAUCUCAAAGAAAAUGCAACUGGAGCACGAAUUCAAAAUGGAAAGGGGUGAAAUCUCGGACACCACAUAUUCUGGUAUGUCCAAUUCCUUAUCUUCUAAAGAGGUAGAUGGUGCUUUCAAAGAAAAGUUAAAGGAUGGGGGUUUGCAGAGACAGAAUUCUAGAUAUUCAGAAGGCAGCUCUGAAUACACUAUUGUAACAGCAGAUGAUUUGGGGGAGUUUUUUGACAGCAAGUCCCCUACCUCCAAGCCAUCUACUCCCCGGGAUGGAAAUGUUAGCCUGGAUCGAUCCCUUUCUGAAACAUUCUUAGACGAGGCAUGUAAAAUAAAAGAGAGUGCUUCUGAAACUCUCAAGGCAACUUUUCUCCGCAGUCAGAACAGUGCAUUUAGAACAUGGAAAGAAAAAGAAGCAGAGAAAAAGGAGGAGAAAGCUCCUGUGGGGAAACUGAAAAUUUCAUCCAAAGGUGACAGGAAGGCUGAUUUGGGAGAAUUAUCAGCCAGCAAAUCAACUAAAAUGUCUCGUCUCUUUGUUCCAAAUAUUCAACAAACAACCAAAGAAAAGCAAUCCAGCACACAAGUGACAAAAUAUUCUACAGCAACCAACACAGCAGCUCAGACUGCCAUCGCUACCACAAUGAUAAAGCCCAAACCUCCUGAGAUCAAGAUCAGCUUGGGUAGCAUGCAGCAGAAUAAAGAUCACCCUUUCAAUAUUGCUAAGCUCCUCACACCCAAGCUAUCUGGAAGUGUCCCAAACUUUUUCAAGGCAGCUGAAGACGCCAGAAGCCAGCAUCAAAAACAAUUCAAAGGGGAAGGUAUGGACAAAGUGCCUCAAUUUCUGGUACGCGAUGUAAGAGAAAACAAACACAAGGUGCAAGGGCCUAUCCAUCAGGUUACAGAUGUCAGGAAACUAAUUAAGAGUAGCUACAGCCAUGAGUCGGGGGAUAACAACAGUGACAGAGGCAGUGUCAACUCUGACCAGGGAACAUCUGAGCAGAAACCCAAGCAGCUGGUGACAGCAGGCAUUUCCAGGCCUCUGUCUCCCAUGGUGAUAACCUGUCAGGCAGUAAGCAACAGCAAGGAAGACAAGAGGGCCAGCAAGGCUUCAGAGACAGGGGCCAAAGCAAGUAGCGGGGGCAAGAUGCUGCCAUCCAGCCAAGAUGGGACAAUCCUGGUGCACAGGACCUCAGGGAGGCUGCCCGUAGCUACAAUCGCCCCUAACAAAAGCGACCCUCGCCAGCCUGCUGUGCUGAAGAUAGUCUCCAAAACAUCUGUGCCCUGGAGGCAGCAACCACAGCCGCCGCCACUGCCACCAAUUCAACCUACGCCAGUGGAGAAAAGCAGCAAGGUAGGCCCACUGGUGGUGGCUAGCGAAGAAGAAAUUCCACGAGAAGAAGUGGCCAAGGCACCCCUCACAGCGAACCACCAAGCGCUGGAGAAACUUACAGCGGCCGUCCGGAGCAUGGAGGAGCUCUACAGCUUCCACAAGAACGAGUGGAAGCGCAAGAGCGACCCGCUGCCCAUCACCGACAGCCACGUCCUGUCCCUCAUCGCCAGCGAGGAAAAGGCCACGGGGGGAGCCACGGCCACGGGAACCAGGGAAGAGUCCACGGCCGGCACCAAGGCAGAGGACCAGGAUGCCAGUCAGAGUGCGGCCUUGACGACUUCCCCCAGCAGCAUCGCCGGCAGCAGGCCUGCGCCCGAGCGCCAACCCCGCAGCCAGACUGCCAACCCAACCAAGAACGCAGAGAAGGUGUCAGCCAAGAUGGCGACCUUCGAAAGCUUGGCACAGGCUCGGGAGCGGGCACGCGGGCCGGGCUUCCGUGGGGAGGCCGCAGGGGGCACGGAGAGAGGCAGGGCCCCGGUGGCACCCCGCAGCACCUUCACCUUCAAUGCCCAGGCCCAGAAGCCCAAGCAACAGCAGCAGCCACCUCAGGAGCCAUCUCCUGACCCGCCACCAAGAGGCCUGAAAGGCCAGGCCGGGCCUCGCUCCAUCAAGCUCUUUGGGGACAGGCAGGGGAGCCUCGUGGAGCCCGACAGGGUGCCCAAGGUGGCGGCGGCGGCUCCCGACUGCGGGAACUACCUGGCCAUCCCUCUCAAGGCGUCGACGGAGCAGCCGGGGGCAGCCCUGUCAGGAGACCGAGGCGGCCGCCCGGGCCUAGUCUCCGCGGCGGCGGCAGCGGCGGCCCUGUGCAGCCACCAGCCCUUCAGCACCGGCAAGACCCACGGGCAGGAGGCGGCCAAGCAACAGCAGCGCGGAGAGGCAGCCGCCCCGCAGCCUCAGGCCACCCAUCCUCCUCCUCCGCAGCAGCAGCAGCAGCCGCCGCCUCAGUUCGAAGUGUCCCCCGCGCAGCUCUUCCCUCAGGCCUUGUCCUUGGCCGCGGCGGCCGCCGCUUUCUCGGGCGCUGCCCAGCCCGCGCCUCUGCUGUGCUUCUCUCCGCCCGCAGCCGCCGAGCCCGCCGCUUUCCCGGCGCCUCAGACGCAGCGCAAAGUGCUGCUGGACCUCAGCACCGGGCAGUGCUACGUGGUGGACGCGCCGCUGCAGCCGCCGCCGCCGCCUCAGAAGAGGCGCCUCUUCGACCCCGAGACCGGGCAGUACGUGGAGGUGCCCCUGCCGGCCCAGGCACCACCUCCGGCCGUGGCCCCCAUGACUCUCCCGGUGUCCUCCCUGGCGCUGGGCGCGCCGGGAGCCUACGGCGCCCCGGCCGCGGCCUACAUGAUCUACCCGGGCUUCUUGCCGGCUGUCUUGCCCGCCAGCGCCCUGCAGGGCCAGCUCGCCCAGCAGCCGGGCGGAGAGCUCGGCCCCGCCAGCCCCGGGGCGGACAGCCCUUACUACAUGCCCACGGGCAAAGCUGCUCAGCAGCAGCAGCCACAGCAGCCGCCACAGCAGCAGCAAGGGGUUCCUGGCGAGGGGAAGGCGCCCCUCAUCAGCAUCACCUCGCAGCCUCUGGGGCCCAGGAUCAUCGCGCCUCCUUCCUUCGACGGCACCACCAUGCGCUUCGUCGUGGAGCACCGGUGAUGGAGAGCCCGGCCAGGGAUGCUGCUGCUCGCUGCUGCUGCUGCCACGGGUGAGUUGGGCUCUUGGCCAGCAAGCCAGGGCCUCGUGUUUGUUAUACCAGGCCUCCUAACAGGCAACUUAUGGAAAGGGCUUCCUCUCCACACACACACCCAUGCACGCCCACUCAUCCUAGGAUAGCCACCUGCCCUUCAUAAUACAGGAUUGUCCUGUGUUUCAGAGCAAAAGGGUACAUCCUGUAUGGGUGCAAUUUUGACCUGGGUGUCAGGUCUUCUCUCUCUCUCAAUCUCUGCCAAGUUGCAUGGGUUUGAAAGGGUGUGUGAACGGUAAUGUAUUUCAGCUCUGGGUAGCCAAGCACUGAGAGAUUUUACGAAUUCAUGUGUGUGCACACCUACAAAUUCCAGAGGAGCCAUCCUGGUUAGGUGCAAUGAAUUGUAAUGGAUUGCUUUGAAGUCACUUCAGCAUCAGAUUUAAAAAAAACAACCACACUCUUCCAGUCACAAUCUUGUCCUGUAUUUUGCCAGAACAAAGGUGGCAACCCUACUUCCUACAAAUGUGUGAGUUGUGAGGUGGAAGCCCUGUGGGGUAAGGCACUGUGCACAUUGAGUGCUUUUACCUUUACCUUUGAUUCAGGGCAGCUGGUCAUCACGCUAACAACUUGAGCAGCCCUUUCUCGAUCCACAUGAAUAAGCUGGUACUUAUGACGAUUAGUUAUUAAAUUUGUCACAAGUGGCUCUCUCGUAUAUUCACACCAGGAAGCAGUUGCCAAAGGGGAAUAAUAUGUAAUAAUAUGUGUGCACUCACAUGAUGGUGUACAUGAGGUUUAUAUAUGUUUCCUGUGCAGAAAGCGAUGUCCUUAAAGGUAGUCAUUGUUGCAUGUGUGUAGUAGUCCUGUAAUGAAUGGGGGGGGGGGUUAAAGUUUUCUGUAAUGGAUUAAUCAAACUCUGUAUCUGAGCACUUUCAGGUUUAUUGGUUAAUGCACCCACUUGCAUCUUCCCCAAAGAUAGUUUUUUGGGGGGUUUUGUCAAGAGAGAGGGUUAGCAGAAGAAGGUUUUGGAAGAUGAGAGGCAUCAGAUUCUUAGUGUUUGAUUAAGGCAGGGUAAAUUCAGAGGAACAGCUGAGCUGAAGAAAGUGAAGAGUGUCUGUGUGUAUUGACUGUUAGCGUGAAUGCUCUGACAUAUCACAGAAGUGGUGAGAUUGUAGAUCACCACCUGGCUCACACUACACACUUCAAAGAAAUGCCAAGAGCCACUGAGCUGCAGUUUCAUCACUCAUCUGUGACAUAUGAGACUGUUCAUACUAACAGUAGAGUUGCCAACUUUUUUUCUGGUAGGGCUUUAACAGCUGCUUGACAAGCAAAGAUUCUGCAGGUGGAGUUUUUGUUCAUUAUGUAUAGAUAAAGGUAGAGGAGUCUUGCCAGGAAAAGAAAGUUGGCAAUCAUAACAUUCAGCAAAUUACCUCAGAGAGGUCUUGCCAGCUCAGAACAUUUUAAUGUUAGCCAUGCUCAGAGUAGGCCCAUUGAAAUUAGAGUGCAUGACUUACUUAGGCCAUUUACUGUAACUUCAAUGGAUCUACCCUGAGAAGCAUUUAUCUCAAGGGUCACCAACCCAGCACCCAUGGGUACCAUGGCUUUCACUCUAGCAUGCCUAGAAAAAAAAUCUAUGGGGUAAAAUGCACAGAUAACUUCUAAGUGACUUCUGUGAAAUGAGAGUGGGUGUACUGUGGCCACUAUCAGUGUGCGUGUGCGCGUGUAAAAUCAAUAUUGUAUGAUCUCCACAAUUAGGACCAGCAGCACAUAGCUGAUUUCUCAUGGUAAGUAUAAGGUUGCUGGAGGUAGCUAUCUAACUUUGUGCUAUGCAAUGCUCCCCAUGUGUUAUGCUAUGUCCCCCCAUAGCAGCUAUUUUGUGACUGGCGCCCCCCAGUUGCUUACAACCCAUAGGUUUAAAAAAAAAAGCCUAGGGCAUAUAGCAGCUUAGGUUUCAGCAGGGAAACAGUGAAAUGAAAAGAGUUCACCACCAUGUCAAGCUCUUGAUCUGGACUGGGCUCACUUGUGGUGGCUUUUUGCAAAAAAUGAGACCUGGCUAGACCCACGGUAUUCAAAAAUGGUUAUUAAAGCAAUGUUUAGUUUGGCCCUCAUUGCACCCAGUGGCUGAGAGGAGGGUAAGCCUGGAGUCUGCUGUAUGUCUUGGCCAAGGUUCAAUAUCAGCAAAAGAUUCUCCUGCAUCAUAUUGUACUUCAUUUUCUAGGAUGCUUUCCCCCCACUUGAAGUGUCUCAUCUUCUUUCUUAAAGAGGUGUAGCUGUGUACGGAGGGAUAAGCUUGAGUUGAGUGUAAUAAAUCUUUCAUCUUAAUGGGGGAGUGGAUACUCUAUAUUUGUGGUUACACAAAUAGCCUUGCCGAUUCUCUGUACACUAGAACUUCAAGCAAGCUAAGUGUGCACUUAGAUGAGAUGGCAGGAGGACACCUCCCACUCUUUCUUUUUAAAAAGGUUAAAAACAGCUAUAGGGUAACCAGGUUGGGCUCACAGCACACCCCUCCAACGCCUUCCUUUAAUUUUUAAAUCAUCCCCCCUGCCGUGAAGCAGCUACUUGCCCAGCGUGAGUGGGGAGGAGGAGCUUUGAGUGAAAGGGCUACCCAUCCCCUGCUGCUGUGGCUCUAAUCCAGUAUAGGCAGCUGGUAUUCUUUUUUUAAUGCAAGAGGUCCACUAUCUCAUCUAGAGUAACCUUUUACUUUGUGGAUUCAGUGCAAGGCGUAAUCACGAAAGCAACCUGCCCAAGCAGGUUGUGAGUCUUGGAUUCCCAGCAAGUGGUAUUCAAAGACAUAUUGACUCUGAUCUUAAAUGUAGAACGUAGCCAACAUGGCUAAUAGCCAUUGCUAGCCUUAUCCUCCAUGAAUUUGUUUAAUUCUCUUUUAAAGCAAUCCAAGUUGGUAGUCAUCACUAGCUCUUGUGGGGGUGAAUGCUACAAUUUCACUAUGCCCUGUGUGAAGAAGUACUUUCUUUGAUCUAUCCCAAAUCUUCUUAUAUUGAGCUUCAUUGGAUGCCCACAAGUUCUAGUGUAAUGAGAGGGGGAUAUUUUUCUUUCUUUCUCCACAAAAUGCAUAAUUUUAUAUGCUUUUAUCCAAUCACAUACACUAAGAUUCAAACUUAAGAGGUACAUUCUGCUUGGGCUUUGUCUAAAGAUGUUUUUGGUAUAAAAAUAGAAACUGGUGGCCCUCAGCAUAAUAGAAAUCAUUUUGGGAGUGUCUUCAAAGGUAGAAAUUUCCUGCACUUUUUUAACUACAAACUUUGGUUGCAAAUCUUGUUUUUGUGAAUGAGGAAUUUAACACAUAUUUAAGAUGCAGAAGCAGAGAGUGAUGUAAGCAUGUCAGGGUUGGACUGGGAAACCUUCAAGGUUCCUUCCAACUGUAUGAUUCUGAGAUCAGAUUUUGGACUGGAGAAUUUAUGAAUUGUAUCUAAUAUUACGAGUUGUAUCUAAUAUAACCCAUGCUCAGAGUACUCCCACUGUAUUUAAAGCCACUGUAUUUAAUGGAGAUGGCUAGUCUAGGGUGAGUAUGACUGAGUUGGAUAUAGCCCUAUCAAGAAUGGUAAAGCAGCAUAUCCAAUGAUGUGUGUGUGUGUGUGUGUGUGUGAGAGAGAGAGAGAGAGAGAGAGAGAGAGAGAGAGAGAGAGAGAUUAAUAAUUGGACCUUUAUUCUAAGAUGCUUUCUAACAAACUUUGUUUUGUAAAUCAAGGAUUUAUUUUUUUGUUUGUACUUUAUCUUACAGGCACAAACAACGAGAAUUUCUUUCCCUUAAUCUGAAAACGACUUGGUAAUGCUAAGCUCUCAUUUAAGCUGCUUUUUCUCUUUGUCAUGUAUUUCUCAUGCAUUUUUGUACAACACAAGUGUUGAUGAUGUUCAUGUUUGUAUAACACCCCUUCCCCCUGUUUUUUAAGUGUGCGUAAAUUUAAUUAUGCAAGGGUGGGUGGGUGAGUUGUGGUAUGUUUUGUAAACUGUCUAUAUAUAAUGCAAGGUAAUUGUUAUGCCUGCUAACACAGGUGGCUAACUACAUGUUACAUGCAAAUGCAUGUAAAGAAACAAUACGAGCCAUUUGCUUUUUAAUGAAAAGCAGCUUUGAAUGGAAAAACAACAGAAUGCAGAAAGAAGGCAAGCGUUUAACCUUUUUCCUGACAUAACUACAAAAACUGGACACGGGAAGGGUUAGAUGCCCCUCCCUCAUCUGUGUUUCUUUUUUUAAAAAAUUGAUUGGAAGGAAUUUGAUACACACAUUUGUGUGUAACAUGUAGUUUUCCUUAAGCUUUAACUUGAACUAUUUUUCAGGGAUUCACUCCAUUGAGAAAAAGACAUGUAAAGAUGAUGUAAAGUCAUUUCAAAUUUAGUUCCAUUUCUUCAAAGGUAUUAAAAGUUUGCAAGUAACAGCCAACACAUGUUGCUUCCCCUGAAAGAAUACACAAGUUGUAUUCUUGAAAUAAUCUUCAGUAGGAGCUGAGUUAGGACGUGGUUUACAUUAUAGGUAUGCACUUUGAUGAGCUUGGUUCAGUGCACCUCGGUUCCAGUUUAGCUAAAGCCAGUCGUGUCUAUCCCCCAGUGAAAACAUACAGGGCCCAAUCAGAGGCACCAGCUUGUGAGGCAGAUUGGGGGACCAUUGUUCCUUCUGCAGGUGAUGCAUGUGUGAUGUGCAAUGUACCCACAUUGCGCUAGGUCGGAGGAGCUAGGAUUGUGGCAGCAGCAUGACUUCAGUGGCUGACAGCUCCUCCUCCUCCUCCUCCUCCUGUUGUCACCGGCCUGAGGCUGCUUCCCUCUCCUUCCCUUCCAGGACAGGAGAAGGAGAAGGAACUGGCCACUGAAGCCGCUCUGCUGCAGUGUUCCUGGCUCCUCUGACCUCACCUAACAUUGGGAGGAUGCCCUCCCAAACAAAUAUGGGGGGUCAAAAGGGUUCAGCCCCCAGCAGUUGGCGCUCCUGGGCCAGAUUCAACUAACAGGUCCUGCUAGCAGAAGCCCACAAUAGGACUUGAGCUAGCACAGCAAAGCUUUCCCCACCUCUCCCCGCACCCCAAAUUUGCUAAGGGCGCACAGGAGGACCCAAAGAAUAGCACACAGGGAAGGAAAGGGGAGAUCAUCCCAUCAGGCAAACAGAAAUGCUUGCAUUGACAAAGAGAUCUCCUUGGAUUCCUCCUGUUAGUUGCAAGACGAAGACUGCAAGCAUAAAACCACUCACUCAAGUGUAAGACCUAUUGAAAUCAAUUGAAUUUACUUCAGAUUAUAUAUGGAUGGGAUUGCAUUGAUUUUAGCAAUAUGUGAAGCCCAAUCCUAUGCAUGUUUACUUUGAAGCAAAUCACAUUAAGUUAUUGGGGAAUAGUGCCAAAUACAGGUGAAUAGGAUCACACUUUUAGUUAUGAUUUAGAUGGAUUGGGCCUUAAUCACUAAUUAUGUUUUUUUCCAGACUUGGUUGUAAAAAUAACUGGAAAUUUGCUUUGAUUGCCUUAUAAUUCAAAAUUUGCCGCUUUGUACUAUUUUGUGUGAUUUUAUAAGGAGCCUUGACCACAUUAAAAAAAAAAGAUCAGAAAACUAGAAAAAGAAUGUACUUAAAUCUAGGGAUACUAAUUUUCUUUAGUAGGCUGGGUGCCUUUAAGAGUUUUGCAACAGACAGACAUUCAACUGGUGAAGUUUACCCCAUCACUUAAUCUUCAUGUAGAAAAAAGUGGUAUUCUCGUUGAUAUUCUAGUCUUGUAUUUAGGUAUGCAAAAGGCGUUCACCUUUAAUUUUAAAGGUGAAGAUAAUUUUUAUUUUCCCUUCUAUCCAAGUGUUUAAGCUAAACAUGUUUUUUGUGUUUGUGUUUUUGCAAAUGUAUGGAUUUUGGAGAGACUCUUUAGAAAGUAUUUUAUGAAUGUUAACGUAACCUGCUAUUUCUUGUCAGUGUCCUACGCCAGUUACAUGUAUGUUUGGCAUCAAGCUAAAGCUCAAAGAUUUACCUCAAAGCUUUCUCAAGGGAGGAGAAUGAACACUUUAGUGAGCUUUUGAAAUCGAGAAAUGUUGUAGGAAGUUUACUUGAUGCAGGCACUGCAAUCUUAGCUACACUUAGGACCCACCCAGGAGAACUUGAGACUUUCCCAGGCCUGCCAUGAUUACUGGGCAUAUGUGCCAUCUAUAGCUGAGAGAGACAGAAUAUGCUCUGUCAGAUAUGCUAACCCUGUACCCAUCCCCCAAACAUACAGACAUACCUUCCGUUCACUGUUUGUUGCAUUGCAAUCAAUAUUUUUUGGACUAGAUCAUUUAGUUAGGGAUGAGGUGCUGCGUUUCUCUUGAGGGGAGGUUUGUCAUUUGCCUAUUGUGAUUUUAGUUGCGUUGCCACUGGAGUGAAUUUGGACCUUCCUCCUCAGGUGAAACAUCUGAGGAAAGCAAAACACAGGGUUUCUUUAAGAUGCUCUAAGGGCUGUUCUGCACAUCAUUUCGCUGUCAUGGUAUAUUGCCUAAAGUGAAUUUGCAGAAAUUGCAGUGGUACCUCUGGUUACGAACUUAAUUCGUUCCGAAGGUCCAUUCCUAACCUCAAACCGUUCUUAACCUGAGGUACCAUUUUAGCUAAUGGGGCCUGCCGCCGCGCCGCCACUGCACGAUUUCUGUUCUCAUCCUGAGGUAAAGUUCUUAACCCAAGGUACUACUUCCGGGUUAGCGGAGUCUGUAACCCGAAGUGUUUGUAACCCGAGGUAGCACUGUAUAAGGAAUUUCAAGGGAAGCCCGGAGUAGUUUCAAUACAGUGGUACCUCAGGUUACAUACGCUUCAGGUUACAUACGCUUCAGGUUACAGACUCCACUAACCCAGAAAUAGUGAUUCAGGUUAAGAACUUUGCUUCAGGAUGAGAACAGAAAUCGUGCUCCAGUGGUGCGGCAGCAGCAGGAGUCCCCAUUAGCUAAAGUGGUGCCUCAGGUUAAGAACAGUUUCAGGUUAAGAACGGACCUCCGUAACGAAUUAAGUACGUAACCCGAGGUACCACUGUACAGGAAUUGUAACAUUUCUCAGGGGAGAUUUCACACACCCUAAGAUUUUAGUGAAGGCCUUGUGUGUUCACACAACAUUACCGGUCAGUCUAAGUUGAGUUCAUUUGCUGCACCUGUAAUGAGGAUAUACUAGAAAGUGAAACUUGAAACACGCAAAGCCUGUGUAAGAAAAAUAUACUCAAUAGAGAUACUAAAGGCUAUACAUACAAUUCCAUUUCAUGUUAUUGCUGUGCAGUACUUUACGAUACAGAGCUUAAAGGAGAAGCAGAUCUUUUAUUGAAUAGUUCAUUAGGAAAAGCGGGCCGCUGUAUCAGUCUUAAUAAAUGGCCAAGGCAUGUCAAAACUAAGGGCAUGUCCCAUAACUGUGCCAUGCUAGGCUGAUAAAACCAGCAGCCAAGUCCCCCCAAAGACUAGACAUGCUUACUGGUGCUUUGUGUAACUGAUGGGAGCAUUUGCAGCAGCUCCCAGCCCAAAUAAAUAAGCUAUGGUACUCUAAGGAUGGGUUCUAUUUUUUCACAUUGUUGGAGGUUUUCUUUUCUUUUCUUAUUGAACUAGUUAGUUUGAUGAGCUCAAAGGUACAUAUUUAUCGGGCCACGUUCCAUCACAAUGGGUUUAAGUGAGCAUCACAGUGGCCUUGAUUGUCAACUUGCUUUGAACACUAAAUGUAAAACUUUUUGAUAGUAUAGGGGUAGACUAUUUGAUCUGUUGCAGUGUAAAAGUGUUUUCAUGCAAGCCAUUUACCCAAGACACCCCCUGACUUUAUUCGUAUUUCCUUCAACCACAACUACGGAAGCUGAAUGAUUACAAGUGCCAGUGCCAAUUUAAGUGUAGGACAGGAGAGUCCUUCACUUACCUGCUCCAGAAAGUAUUCACCUCGAUGGUAUUAAUGGUGAAUGGAAAACCAGUUCACACAUGGCACCAAAUGAAGUCUAAAAGGGCAAUCCACCUUCCUUCAGUCUAUCUAUUUCAAAAUGGGAUUCCUGCACAGUCAGAGCUGCAUUAUCACCAUUCACAUGUGCUUACAAAUAGCAUGAGAGGGGCUCAAAGAUAAUUUCUAUGGCAUGUGUGAAAAAGCUCUGAAAUCUUACAUCCUUAUUAAAUACUCUGCAAGCAUAUCUCUAAUUAGGGGUGAUUUAAUAUGUGCAUUUCCCAUUUUCCUGUAUGAAAUGAAAUUGUACCAACUCUGAAAAUGAAUGGGUCACAACCCCAUCUUUUUGUAUGGUAUUUUAUUUUUCUAGCUUGGGGUUUGUUUUUUCAGUUUAAUGCUUCUUAACAGAAAAUGAAUUCAUUCAUUCUUUUCUUUCUUUCUUUCU